AUGAAAGUCAUUCUCGCCAUCAACGCUGGAUCGAGCUCGGUCAAGGUCUCCGUCUACCUGGCCGACAAGAACACAUCCCCGAGACAGAUUGCAGAGGCCCAGAUUAAUGGCCUCACAGCGCCGCCAGCGGAAUUGAAGUACUCGCGGGGUGAGACAAAGGUCAUCAAGGACAAGAAGGUCGAGGAGCCGUUGAAGACACAAGACGACGCCUUUGGCCUCAUCCUCAAGACACUCAUCAACGACGCCGACCUUCGUGAGAUCAAUUCCAAAGACGACAUCGCCAUCGCGGCUCACCGCAUCGUGCACGGCGGCGACUACGACGAGUCCAAACUCAUCAACGAGGACACUUACCACCGUCUCGAGGAGCUGAGUGACCUGGCGCCUCUGCACAAUGGGCCCGCUCUCACCAUCGUCGACUCGUGCAUCAAAACGCUGCCCAAUGCCUCCAACGUCGCCUGCUUCGACUCGCAGUUCCACGCCACGAUUCCGCGCCACAUCUCUACGUAUCCGAUCUGCCCGGUAACGGCAAAGAAGAACAGCCUGCGCAAGUACGGGUUUCACGGCACUAGCUACGAGUUCAUCAGCCGGUCCGUGGCGGCGUUUCUGGGAAAAGACGUCGACAAGCUCAACAUCAUUGCCUUGCACCUGGGUAGUGGCGCCAGUGCAUGUGCCAUCAAGGGCGGCAAGAGCUGGGAUACGAGCAUGGGCCUGACGCCGCUGGCCGGACUCCCCGGAGCCACUCGCAGCGGCAGUGUUGACCCAAGUCUCGUUUUCCAUUACGCGAGCGACGUGGGCAAGCUGUCGCCGGCUUCGACGGAGCACCUGCACAUCACCCGCGCUGAGGAGAUAUUGAACAAGGAGAGCGGAUGGAAGGCUCUUACCGGAACAACCGACUUUCGUGUCAUCUCAGAGUCGGACGACCCGAAGCACAAGCUCGCCUUCGAUCUGUUUGUCGACAGAGUGUGCGGGUUCGUCGGCAGCUACUACGUGACCCUCCAGGGCCAAGUAGACGCUCUCGUGUUUGCGGGAGGCAUCGGCGAGAAGAGUGCACUGCUGAGGAGUGCCGUUAUUCAGCAGGCAGGAUGUCUCGGCUUCGCCAUCGACGAGAAACGGAAUAAGAGCGUCGGGGGCGGGGUGGUGGAGGACAUUGGUGCUGCCGGCGCAAAGCACGGUGUGCUGGUGUGCCAGACGGACGAACAGUAUGAGAUGGCGCGCAUCUGCGCCAACAAGCCAGAGCUGUGGUAG